UUUACAUUACAAUUUCUUUGUGGGAUUAAUAUUCAGAUUUUUAAUUCCGAUGUAUUUGUUUUAAUUUGACCAGAAUUCUAGGUUAAAUAUGUAAUGACGCUACCCGACCAACAGGGAGCGCUGUUGACGCGCCUUUAUAUUAUUAGUGUGCACAUGCAUAUCUGCGUAAAACCUUAUUCAGCAUUUUACCUUCCACGUGCAUAAAGUUAGAUAUUUUGUGCAAACGAACAAACAAAUAAAGGGUCACGACGAUAUGAGACCAUGUGAGAGCACUUUCACACUACACGCGUAGGCAAUACUAUACAUCCCAGAAUGCAUUGCGCUGCGACUUGUGACGUUCCGGCACGUGUCUCGGCUUCCUGUAGUGAGGCUGCGCGGCGCUUAAAGGACGUGUGUGUGUGUGUGUGUGUUGAUCAGUAACUCCAGAGACUUUAAUUGCGCAGCUCGAAGAUACAUCCUUCAACGAGACUCGCACAGAAAGAAGUUGAGAGGGUGGGCUGCGUGUCAUGCUCGUUGUGCUUGUGUUAUGGACCCUGUAAACAGCGAUGUUCAGCCUCACCCUGCUCUGGUGUACCGACUUGAGAGACCCGUGCUCAGUGAAGAACACAUCGACACACAGCUGCAUAAGAAAGAACGGACGCUCAAGCCCGUGAGGCGGAGACUAGCUGAACACUGCCGCUGUUCAUCUGAAAAGGCCAAAUCUGCCAUAUUUGGUUUCCUGCCCAUCUUAUCAUGGCUGCCGUCUUAUCCAGUGAAGCAGUAUCUGUUUGGAGAUAUUGUUUCGGGUCUCAGCACCGGAGUCAUGCAGCUGCCUCAAGGUCUUGCCUAUGCGAUGUUAGCUGCUGUUCCUCCAGUUUAUGGCCUGUACUCGUCCUUCUAUCCUGUUUUCCUCUACACGUUUUUCGGCACCUCCAGACACAUAUCAAUAGGCACGUUCGCUGUGAUUAGUCUGAUGGUCGGAAGUGUGGUGGUAAGAGAAGCACCGGACUCCAUGUUUAUUCUGAACGGGACGAAUGGAACGGAGAUUAUCGAUGUGGCGGCUCGAGAUGCCCGGAGAGUCCAAGUGGCCGUAGCUGUCACUACACUCAUGGGGCUUAUUCAGCUGGUACUCGGUGUGCUGAGGUUUGGCUUCGUGGCAAUUUAUCUGACCGAGCCGUUAGUGCGAGGCUUCACCACGGCCGCUGCAGUGCACGUGUUUGUCUCUCAGCUGAAAUACUUGUUCGGGGUUAAAACUCAGCGCUACAGCGGGCUGUUAUCUGUCAUCUACAGUCUCAUCGCUGUGUUUAAACACAUGGACAGCACUAACGUCAGUACGCUCAUCUUGGGAUUGGUGUGUAUCGUGUUCCUGUAUGGCGUGAAGGACAUAAACGAGCGUUUUAAAAAGAAGCUGCCCAUCCCCAUUCCAGGAGAAAUCAUUGUGGUAAUCGUCUCGACAGGGAUUUCGUACGGCAUGGCUCUUUCUGAGAAUUAUAAGGUGGAUAUUGUAGGAGAAAUCCCUACAGGACUUCAAGCGCCAGCUCUCCCAGAUUUCAGUCUCUUCCCCAAUGUGCUCACGGACGCUGUAGCUGCGGCUGUGGUGGGAUUCUCUAUCGGGAUCUCCUUGGCUAAAAUAUUUGCUCUCAAAUAUAACUACAGUGUGGACGGAAACCAGGAGCUGAUUGCGCUCGGAUUGUGCAACUCUGUCAGUUCCUGUUUCCACACCUUCGCCGUCACCAGCUCGAUGUCUCGCAGUCUGGUGCAGGAGAGCACGGGCGGAAAGACUCAGAUUGCAGGCUUUUUGUCCUCCAUGCUGGUCCUUCUGGUUAUUUUGGCAGUCGGCUUUUUGUUCCAGCCUUUACCUCAGACGGUGCUAGCUGCAGUCAUCAUGGUCAAUCUGUUGGGAAUGUUCAAACAGUUGAGAGAUAUUCCUGCUUUAUGGAGAACCAGUAAGAUUGAACUGGCGAUUUGGGUGAUGGCGUUUCUGGCAUCUGUUCUGCUGGGGUUGGAUUAUGGCCUCCUGGUGGCUGUUACAUUUGCUAUACUCACAGUCAUCUACAGAACACAAAGCCCUAAAAGUGUUAUUCUCGGGCAAAUCUCCGACACUGGACUUUACUUUGACACUGAGGAAUAUGAAGAGGCUACAGAAUGUGCAGGGAUCAAGAUUUUCCGCUCUGAUUGUUCAAUUUACUUUGCGAACAGUGAACACUACGUAAACCGUCUCAAACAAAAAACGGGAGUAAAUCCUGCACAGCUGCUGGCUGAGAGAAAAUCCCUGCAGAAGCGUUUAAAAAAGACUGAAAACAAGAAAAAGUCCCAUCAAAGUCCUGAGAGGAUGAAGAGAGCAGUAGUUAAACUGGAUAUGGAGUUAGGCUUGAGUCACGAAGUGGUGGACGAAGAUGAGGCACAAGUGGAAUCGCACAGUAAUGGACAAAUCGUUGAGGCAGAGUCUGACUCAGAGGAGCGUCGCUUCCUCCAGCCGCUCUCUCCCAUUCACUCCAUCAUCCUGGACUUAAGUUCUGUCAACUUUAUAGACUCUGUCGGAGCCAAAGCUUUUAAAUCUGUUAUCAAGGAGUUUGCAGCCAUAGAUGUAAAAAUUGUACUUGCUGGAUGUAGCCGAAAUCUACUGUCUGAUCUCAGGGCUCUGCAGUUCUUUAGCGCUCCUGUGACCCUGGACAUCAUCUUUCCCACUGUUCAUGAUGCUGUACUGCACUGCCAACACACAAGGACGCACGACCCUGCCCCCAGCCUCGCCCCCAGCCCUGCCCAAGGAUCCACUCCCACCGUGCCGUCCAGUGAGCACACAGGAAACAAGAGAUGCUGUUCUAAAGCGUGUCAGAAUGAUGACUUUUAAAUGAUGAGCCGUUAGAGGCAAAAAAUAAGGAACCAGACCUCAUGCACUUUUACCUGUAACACCUCCUGCCUUUAAACUGAAACGCGCGUCUGCGUGGGGAUCAUGUGAGUAAAACACUGAACGCGGUUACACACGCGAACAUGACUCUCAUAUUCAUGCCUCGUUAACAAUCCAUCACGUUUUUUUGUGUAGUGUAUAUAUAUUUUUUUCAUUCUGCUGAACACACUUUGUUCAAGUUUUAAACAGUUACCACAAUUUUUUGUACAUUAUUAACUGAUUUAAAAUGUGACCAACAAACAAACAAAAAGGACUUCAUAUUAAAUUUAAAUUUUUCACAGAUGUUUUAAAAAUUUAAAUGGGGGUCCUGUUUGCUAGUCUUCUUGGUGAUAUUUUAUUUUAUUGAUCAAACAAUGUGUAUUAUAAACAAAUGAUUAUAAAUGAUUGAUUAUUAAAAUGUGACCACGAAAAACGAAACAAUGAAAACAUGAAUAACAUUUAAAAUAAAGAUGAAUUGAUUAGAUUAUUUAAUUAAAUUACAAUCAACAACAUAGCAUUGAAAUGAAUCAGUGAAUAAAUGCUGACUUCAGUAACUAAGCAAAUCUGUUAAUGAUAAAAAAAAAAAAAAAAAGAAAAUAUAUAUAUAUAAAACUAAUUCCCUCACUCGUCACACUUUUGCUCUGUCCAAUCAGGUUGCAAGAUUGAGGUUGAACAAGGAAAAACAAACCAUGUUGAAUACAUCUUUAUUUCCUCUCCAUUACUGAGAAUAAUACAAAUAAUCUAGAAUAGAGAGAACGCUAAACUUGUAAUCUAGACACUAGGAGGACUGAAUAUAGAGCGUUGCUAUAGUUUCAGAGCACUUUAUUCUUGAAACCAUAAAAAACAAUUACACCCAUUAAUGAUUUAAUAAAAUCGAAAGCUCAGUAACCGUGUAAGUGUUAUAGUUUACAGUCGAAAUGCUGGUAAAGGUCAAAGGUUUUGUAUGCGAGAUGCUUCACUGUGUGUCGAUUAUUUUUUAUUUUUUUUGUUUUUCCACUGGAUUCGGUUUUGGUUUCAUAAUCCAGAGAACAGGUCAAGAGACUGUACGUAUUUAUAAACCAAAUGCUGAUGUUUGGAUUUGUUUUUUUUUUUGUUGGUUUUUUUUAUUCACGAACCAAAAAAAAAAAAACCUGAGUCUGUGACUGAGUCUCCAGACUCCUUCAAUCUUGAAAUGAUAAUAGUAAAAUAAUAAAAGAAUUGUUAUUCAAAUGGUAA